AAAAACCACAAAAAUGUCUGGAGUGUAGGGAAUGUUUUGGUCCACCUUCAGCACGUCGCAGGCACACCAAAGUCACACAGGGGCGUCGCCUUACAAGUGUGCAGAGUGUGAGAAAACUUUUCAUAGUAAAUCUCAGGUUAAAAGGCAUCAGAAAGUCCAUAGUAGAGAUAAAUGUUUUCAGUUGUGAACAAUGUUGGAAUAUUUUUUUUUUUUUUUGAAAAGUGACACCUUGCAAUUUGCUGUGAAUUUUACACAGUCUCAGAAGGGAAACCCUACAAUUGUUUGGCGUGGAGAAAAUGUUUUUCCUAGUCAAGGAACCUCAAAUCCCAUCACAUCGCACACAGUGAAGCGAAAGGGUGUAAAUGUUGGGGGUGUGUGAGGAUGUUUUCUUGACAAAGCAGCAUUAGCAACGGACCAGAAUGAUUACACAAAAGAGUCACAAGUGUGUGUGGAGUUUGCAAGCUACAGGUAGUCCUUGACUUAUGACCACAAUUGGGAAUGCACUUCCGGUCAUAAAUUGCGACAGUCAUAAGUCGAGGCGCCCAGAUGUUUUUGUUAAUUUUUUCUACACCUUUUUUUGGUCGAGGAGGAGAACUGAAGAUUUAGAGAAAACGGGGCGACAGGAAGAAGAAGGAAUUCCAGAUAGGAGGUGAAAUUCUGGCUGAGUUGUGAGAAGAGAGGAAGGACCUGUUGCCUGAAGUGAAGAAACCUGGAAAUUAUGUUUGCUUAAAUGUGACAAGCUUGUGUGGAGGACCCCCCCCCAAACAUCUGUGGGUGAUCUAUGCAGGGGGGCAGGUAAAGGAGUUUGGGGCUCCUGGCAGAUUCUGCCUUAGUUUCCCCCCCUCAUCCACAGAGACCGCUGAGAGUUCCUUGGGAAGAAGAUCCAGUCCUGGGCUGCACGGAAGGUCAACGGAUACUAGGAAAAGGGGCCGUUCUUCCAGUUUCCUGCUGCUAAUUCUUCCACCGCCCUCCAAUGUGCAUUUGUGAGCAUUCAGCUUCUUCUGCCAAAAAAAGGGGUUUCAUUAUUCCUGGUCCCUCCUGUGGGGGUCUCUGCCGUCUUCCCUUCCCAGCUCAAGUGAGAAGGGCUGAGUUUGGAUCGUUCCCCCCCCCCUUUCAGCCAAGAGCCCAGGCACAGCUGGAGAGAGAGACGCACAUACAUAGCUGUGGAAGUUCAGGACACGCAGCCAUCAGCCUGCAACAAUCUGAAGUUAUGACGGACACCCCCCCCCAAAGGUACUUUAUGACCAGGAUCCAUAAUGGGCAGACUCCAUUAUGAUUGUAAGUCGAGGACCACCUGAACAUAUUUAUUUUUAUUUCUUUAUUAUCAAAUUUAGAAACCACCCAUCUGACUCACCGAUUGACUUUGUUUCGCUAUUUGGGAAAGUAUCCGUCCAUUUGAACCAAUGGGCCCCCUUCCUGCUCCGGCGAGAUGGCAAAUCGUCUCGGUCAGGAUCUGGGUUGGCGAUCCUGUUUUUAUCAGCAGCCGCUGAUAAAAGCACAAACUGGAGCAGGAGGGGCAGCCUCAUUACCAGCGUGCAGAGCGGGCCACUCUUCCCAUGGGCAGAGGACACCUGGACCGCGACGCCCAUCGGAGGAACCGAGGAGGUUUCGCUGCACCUGCUUCAAGCUGGGAAGGCAGAUUGGGGGAAAGGGAGGGAAUGGGAGGAGCUGAGGUGGCGAAGGGGCGGGGCUGCAAGGCGGAGCCCGAGAGGAGAGCAGAAGCCCCGCCCCCGCCUCUCCCCUCCCACUCGCUGGAUCUCCGCUUCCUUCCCGCGUGUCCCGUCGCCCCGCCAGGAUCGGCGCUGGAUCCCUCGGGAGAGGGUUCUGGAUCCCGCUCCGGGCAGAUCGGGCUGCUCCCCCUCCGGCCUUUGGGGCGCCCCUCCCGCCAGGAGAGCUUUUCCCCGGAAGCAGAAAGGAGACCAAUGAGGAUGUGGCCGUGAGCUCCGCAGAGGAGAACGAGCGUUCUUGGAUCGGGACCCACCAACUUUUGGCCGGGACUCCAUUUUAGAGAAUUUGGAAAUCGUGGUCCAGUUGGAGAAGCAGCUUCCUACACAAAGGGCCAAUGGAUUAAGGAGAAAUCAAACUGGUCAUCAAUAAGAGCCAUACCUGACCUUGACCCACAGGGUGGAACAAGUGACCCAGAGACCUCUUAGUUGUAACUUUAAAGGAAAACAACUCUGACCAAAGAUUCACCUGCAAGUCACCUUUCAUCACCUUUCAAGAGAUAGUAGAAAAUCAGCGCAAGGCAGCAGCCGCCAGAACUCAUGGAGGGCGGGAAACUCUCGGAUCCCUCGUCAGACACAAGCAGCACUCUGAAAAACCACAAAAACCCCCAUGAAUGCUCAGAAUGUGGGAAAUCCUUUGCUCGCCGGUCCGUCCUUUUGAGCCACAGGAAGGUCCAUGUGGGAAGCGGAUCCAGUCAAGGUUUGGAGGGCAAAAAAUUCUUCUCUGGAAAAGACAUGAAAGAUUGCAGAAGCUCCCCCAGACUAAAGCCCUAUAAAUGUGAGAAAUGUGACUUACGCUUUGGUCAAAAGUCAAGUCUUCUUACACAUCAGAAAACCCACACUGGAGAGAAACCCUAUCAAUGUCUGGAAUGUGGGAAAUUUUUCAGUAAAAAAGGCACCCUCAGAAAGCAUGAGAGAAUUCACACAGGGGAGAAACCUUACACGUGUUGGGAAUGUGGGAAGAGCUUUUCUCGGACGGGCGGUCUUCGUGUCCAUGAGAAGGUUCAUGCAGGAAUAAAAUCUUACAAAUGCUUUGAGUGUGGAAAAUGUUUCACCCUGAGUUCAACCCUUCGGACUCAUGAGAAAACACACAGAGGGGAGAAAAAUGAAAAGUGUCUUGAAUGCGGGAAAUGUUUUUCCGAGAAAUCAACCCUGGUGCAGCAUCAGAGACGUCACACUGGAGAGAGACCCUAUGAAUGUCCAGAAUGUGAGAAACGAUUUAUGUGUUCUUCUGAACUUCAGAGACAUCAGAAGAGGCACAAAGGGGAGAAACCCUAUCAAUGUGGGGAAUGUGGGAAACGUUUUGUUACACAAAGAGAGCUUCAGUUUCACGAGAGAAUCCACACAGGGGAAAAACCAUACAAAUGUGGGGAGUGUGGGAAAUCCUUUUCCCUAAAACAAAGCCUUGGAAGGCAUCAGAGGCUCCACACAGGAGAGAAGCCAUUCAGAUGCCUAGAAUGUGGAAAAUGUUUUGCUCAACAUGGCAACCUUUGGAGACAUCGUAAAACCCACACAGGGGAGAAGCCGUACAAGUGCCUAGAAUGUGGAAAAUGUUUUGCUCAAAAGGGAGCCCUUUGGACACAUCAUAAAACCCACACAGGGGAGAAGCCGUACAGAUGCCUAGAAUGUGGAAAAUGUUUUGCUCAACAGGGAAACCUUUGGAAACAUCAUAAAACCCACACAGGGGAGAAGCCAUAUCAAUGCUUCGAAUGUGGACAAUUUUAUUCUACCACAUCACAUCUCAGAAGCCAUGUAAAAACUCACACAGGGGAAAGAAAUUACAAAUGUUUAGACUGUGGGAGAGCAUUUGCUCAUUCAUAUUCCCUUAGAAUCCACAGCCGAAUCCAUACAGGAGAGAAGUCCCAUAAAUGCUCGGAGUGCGAUAAAUGUUUUUCUCAAAAAAAUACUCUUGUGAGACAUCAGCGAACCCACACUGGAGAGAAACCAUAUAAAUGUCCAAAGUGUGGGAAAUGUUUUACGAUUGGCAGCAGUCUCAGAAACCAUGAGAGAAUUCACACAGGGGAGAAACCUUACAAGUGUUGGGAAUGUGGGAGGAGCUUUUCUCAGAACUCAAGUCUUUGGGUCCAUGAGAAGGUUCAUGCAGGAAUCAAAUCUUACAAAUGCUUUGAGUGUGGGAAAUGUUUCACCCAGAGUUCAACUCUUCGGACUCAUGAGAAAACACACAGAGGGGAGAAAAAGGAAAAGUGCCUCGAAUGUGGGAAAUGUUUUUUCAGAAAAGGAAAUCUGGUGCUACAUCAGAGAAUUCACACUGGAGAAAAACCCUAUGAAUGCCCAGAAUGUGAGAGACGAUUUACGAAUUCUUCUCAACUUCGGACACACCAGAGGAGGCACAAAGGGGAGAAACCCUAUCAAUGUGGGGAGUGUGGGAGAAAUUUUUUUACGCGAGAUGGGUGUCAGAAUCAUGAGAGAAUCCACACAGGGGAAAAACCAUACAAAUGUGGGGAGUGUGGGAAAUCCUUUACCCGAAAACAAAACGUUUUACUGCAUCAGAGGGUUCACACAGGAGAGAAGCCGUACAGAUGCAUAGAAUGUGGAAACUGUUUUGCUCAAAAGGGAAAUCUUUGGAAACAUCAUAAAACCCACACAGGGGAGAAGCCAUAUCAAUGCAUUGAAUGUGGAAAAUUUUAUUCUACCACAUCAGCCCUUAGAACUCAUGUGAAAAUUCACACAGGGGAAAAAAACUACAAAUGUUUCGACUGUGGGAGAACAUUUGCUCAGUCAUGUCAGCUUAGCUGUCACAGCCGAAUCCAUACAGGAGAGAAACCCCAUAAAUGCUCAGAGUGCGAUAAAUGUUUUUCUCAAAAAAGUACUCUUUUGAAGCAUCAGCAAACCCACAGUGGAGAAAAACCACACAAAUGUCUGGAGUGUGGGAAAUACUUUGUCCAUGUUUCAUCACUUCGCCAGCACGCCCGAAAUCACUAAAAAGAGUGGCCUUACAAGUGUGUAGAGCGUGUGAAAAUGUUUCAUUGUAAAUCAAAGCUAAAAUGCAUUAGAAAGUCCAAAGUAGAGGUAUGUGAACAAUGUGGAAUACAUUUUUUUUUCAAAUUUCACACCUUACUGCUCACCUGGAACUUCACAGAGUGACAGAAGGGAAAUCGUACAAAUGUUACUUUGUCUGAUCAAUUAACUUUCAAUACCAUCUUAGAAUUAGAAUACACAAUCGAGCAAAAGUGUAUAAAUCUUGGGAGUGUGAGAGUAUUUUGCUUGCUCAGCUGCAUUAGUAACUUGCCAGAGUGAUUUCACAACUGGCCAUAAAUUGUAACAGUCAUAACUCAAGGCAUCCAGGUAUUUCUGUGUUUUUUUUAAUUAAACUGCUGUUGAUCAAUAAGGAGAACAGAAGAUUUAGAGAGGCGAAAAUGGGGCAAGGGAUGGAAUGAAGAUGCAUCUGGUUUUUUAUUUAGUGAUAAAGUGUUGAUGUUGAAUAUGCUGGCUGAGGAUGGAGAGGGAAAGGUUUUUUUUACUAUCUUUUUUGGAGGGUUUUCUUUUUUUCUUCAUUUUUCAUAUAUUCACACACACACACA